AUGUUCGACGGCCUCAUCAACUCCAAGUUCUACAACCGAUGCAAGCACGCCUUCAAAUGCAUCCGGACGCGGCUGGCCGUCAUACGGCGGAAGAAGCAGGCCAUGAUCGGGUUCCUCAAGAAGGACGUUGCCGACCUCCUCGCCAACGGCCUCGACAUCCAUGCCUUCGGACGGAUGGAUGCGCUGAUAAUGGAGAUGAACCAUGCUUCGUGCUACAACAUGAUUGAGCAAUACUGCGAUUUCCUUGGAAAACAACUCAACAGCCUGCAGAAACAGAGGGAUUGCCCCCAGGAAGCCAUGGAGGCCGUGUCAACUCUAAUUUUUGCUACUGCUCGGUUCCCAGACUUGCCUGAACUGUGCGACUUAAGGCAUAUAUUCACAGAAAGAUAUGGCGGUUCCCUUGAGCCUUUUGUUAGCCUGGAGUUUAUCCGGAAACUUGAGUCUGAAUUAUUUACAAAUGAGGAAAAGUUUCAAGUAAUGCAAAGUAUUGCUGAAGAAUCCUCAGUUGGUUUUGACAUGAGGGCAUUGGAAAUCAAGUUAUUGGCUGCACGGGAGUCUGAAGAUGAUUUUCUCGAAAAGGAUUCAAUGAAAAAGGGUGAACUGGCAGUGCCUUUGCCCAUCAAGCAGAAGGACGAUGGACAGUCAAAUGAUAAUACUGGAAGGAAGAAUUCUGAUAAAUCUCAUGGUAAGGAACAAUUGGAGAAAUCAGUUUCUCCUUUGGACUUGAAAAGAGAGAACACUCAAAAAGAUGAUAAUAUCAGAAGGCGGCAUGCUGACAAAGUUGAUGGUAAGGAACAUUUGGAGAAAUCAGUAUCUCCUCUGCAAACGGAAAGAGAGGAGGCUCAAAAGCGAGUUCAGAAACUGAAGAAAAAAGAUGUCCGCCCUUCCGAGAAGGAGCUCAUGGAAGCUGUCGAGCUAGAUAUCAAUGGCCUACCGAAACAUGGAUCUGGUUCGGUGAAAUUUCCUGAGGCAGAAAGCAACAGAAUAGUUUCACCAAUUGUGAAGCCCAAAGAAACAAAGAAAGAACAUGGUGUAGAAAAAGAGAAUAACAGGGGGCUUGGCUAUCACCACCGAUCACCCAUACCUGGCCGUCCUGAUUAUACCAAAAGACAUGCAAACUUAGGGUGCAAAGCUCUUGGCCUGCAGAAUCAAGGACCUACUUCACUGAAUCCUUCAAGUGGUAAAACUACAAACAGGCCCCCUCCUAUUUCCAAUCCGAAUGGAGCGAAGGGAAGGGAUUGUAAUGAAAAAGAAGAGGGCAACAGUUGCUUGCGUGGCAGACCACAGCACUUGGAAGAUCUCGGACACACGGUGCAAAAUGGACAGCGAGCACCACACAGGGUGGCUAAUGUGCAACCUUCUUAUGUCAAACCUAAACUUGGCAUGCAGCCUGUGAACGAUGAUCCUGCAAAACCAAUUGACAGCAACUGCAAUAUGAGUGAAAGGACAGAUCGCUUGUCUCACAAAGAUGUGCUUCGGCCUGUUUCUGUUAGAAGGAGGCCAGCAGCACCUGCUUUUGAUGAGGCACCUAACGGUGAAAAGGUCACAAGCCAAAAGGGCAACAGUCACAUGAUACAACCAAGCAAACACAAGGGUGCUACCGGUGGCUAUGACUGGAAGGGCAAUGGUGUUGGUAAUGGCAGGAAUGUUGAGAGAACUCCUAGUGGUCGACCAAGUCACUCAGGCAUGAGAAACGGGGUUCUGUAUGACGAUGACUACGAUGGAUCCAUGCAGCAGCCUAAAGCAGGUGAAGCUGAGACUGCUAUUGACUUUGGUAAUCUGUUGCCUCGGGCUGCAAACGGUCAUCAUCAACUCAAUAGCAGGAACACUGAUGUGCACGGCGGAGAUCCUGAUGAGGAGGAGAGGAUGAUGGACAAGCUUCUGAUGCAUUAUAGCAAGAAAGGUUCAGGUACAGAUGAAACCGAAACAACAGUAGAAACCAGCAAAACUGCUAACUGUCAUGGAGCCCAAACACAUUAUCAGCAAAACGGUUCUGUGCACACUCCAGGAAGAGCAGUCUCGCUACCGCCAGAGUCCAUGAGCCCGGGUGAAGCUGCCAAGGUUCCUGCUCGGUCCACCUCAAUGCGGUCAGACUGUCCUGGGGGUGUGCGCGUGCACCCAAAGAUGCCGGACUUUGAGGAACUGGCUGCCCGGGUCAUGGCCCUGAGGAAUGCUUGA